GACGCCCAGGGCGGAAGUGGAGGAGCGGCCGGAAGUAGUCCGAAUCCCAGUCAGACUGACCGGCCGGCAGGCUUUGACAGGAGCCGGAGCUGCGGAAAGAAGUUGGUGGCAAUGGAGUUGGGCGAGCUGCUUUAUAACAAGUCGGAGUACAUCGAGACGGCAUCUGGAAACAAAGUUAGUCGCCAGUCUGUGUUGUGUGGAAGUCAGAACAUCGUUCUCAAUGGCAAGACCAUUGUGAUGAACGACUGUAUUAUCCGAGGGGAUCUGGCAAAUGUGAGAGUUGGACGUCAUUGCGUUGUGAAAAGCCGGAGUGUCAUAAGGCCGCCUUUCAAGAAAUUCAGCAAAGGUGUUGCAUUUUUUCCUUUACAUAUCGGGGACCAUGUCUUUAUUGAGGAAGAUUGUGUGGUCAACGCAGCUCAGAUUGGCUCUUACGUUCACGUUGGCAAGAACUGUGUGAUUGGGCGCCGGUGUGUAUUGAAAGAUUGCUGCAAAAUUCUUGACAACACAGUUUUACCCCCAGAAACUGUGGUGCCGCCAUUCACUGUCUUCUCCGGCUGCCCAGGACUGUUUUCAGGGGAACUCCCAGAAUGUACCCAGGAGCUGAUGAUUGACGUCACCAAGAGCUACUACCAGAAGUUUUUGCCCUUGACACAGGUCUAACGUCUCUGCCUUGUGUCUUGAAUUUGGUUGAGCUCUAAGAUGAACUUGGGGACAAAGUGAGCCAGCCAGCAUCUACAAAGAGCUCUAGUGUCUUUGAUAUCUUCCACCCUCUUUUUUUGUUUGUCUGGUUUUGUUUAAUUCUUUAGAAUUUCUCAAUCCUUCCAGGUUCUAAGCUCUUAAGACUUUAAUAACAGAACGCCUGGAGGCGUUGUGUCCAAAUGCUGUACUUAAACCUUAUCUAUUAACAGUCACUCCAUACCAUUAUCUGUGGAACACAGAAUCAUCUGUUCCCAACACUCCCACCCCUUGGUCCCGUGGAUGACUGGAUCCUGCUGAAAUAGGCCCGCCGAGCGCAGCACUGUCCCAGCGUGGAGGUCAUGGAGCUGGUGUGCUGCUCUCAGCCUUUAGCUGCUCACAUGGAUCGCUCUCGGCUUUCCUGAGCUAACACAUUUGGCCAGUUGCCCCAGUUGCUCAUGGGGGGAAAAAGAGUGACUUUUCAGAGCCCAGAUUCCUGUUUGCUACUGAAACUUCAAGGGAGGGGUGGUUAGCAUUUCUCUCCUUCCCAAAAUGACCUUAACUGUCCUUUUAACCCAGGGUGAUGAAUAAAAGACUUUCUAGCAUUCUGAUCUAGGGCCUUUGGCUUUCACUAGAGGGGAGGCCCUCAGCACCCAGGUUUUAUUUUUGCAAAGACCCAGGUUUGAGUCUCCCACGUGGAUGGGCUAGUCUGGCAGUCACUCUUUGCUAACAGUAUUUAGAGGCAGCAACAUAUGCCUUAUUUCCUUGAAGACGUAGCAUUUGUCACAAUUGUUCUCUAACCUAGAACCAUUCACCCACUCUAUAUUUGCCAUAAACGUCACAGUUAAGACCAAAUUAUUUGUACCUGGACCCGAUCAUGUAUAUAUACAGGGGCCUCUUAAAUCAUUCUGUGGGCACAGAGUCCCAAGGAGUAAAUGAAUUUACCAGUGCUGUUCUUACCAUCUCUUGGGUAAUAACACAAUCCUGCUUGGUUCUGCUCUGACCUUUGGUCUAAAAGGAUUUAGAAGGGAAGGCCUGAGAAGCUUGGCUUUGCUCAAUGCUCUGAUUCUGUUUUGAACAGGGUAGGAUAGUUCAGCCUUGAAGAUUAAGGAUCUAGCAGGAGCUGUCCUAACUUAAUAUCUGGUUGUGGGGUUAAAGUGUCUAUAUGUGAUGAUCUCUACUACGUCAAUAUAAAACUAUUUUCUGGUUUGUCUUUUUUUUUGUUUUGUUUGUGCAUUAAAAGAUUGACUUCAAAGAUUAUUUGAAGGUGAUCCUUCUCUAUCUCCAGUGAUGGCUACCUCAGUUCCUUGGGCACUUUACUGCACUGCUGGUGCCCUGCUACAGACUUGACAUUCACUGGUUUGCUUACGGUUCACACCAACCCAGUAAGGUGGAUGUUGUUCCCAUUUUACAGAUGAGAAAAAAACUCAAAGAUCUUAGGUAACUGGUCCAGUUCAUACAAUGAAGAAGUGACUGACCCAGGAGUCACCCCCCCCCCCCAUGCCUAUCUGACAACAUAGCCAUGUUACUCAGCUGUGCCCUGGUAAGAUGAGACUAGGCUUGCCCUUGGAGCACAUCUGCUGUGCGUCCUACUUGAUGUCAGUAGUCUGUGAUGGUUGCAGUUUUUUACUUUGUUUUGAUUGAUUGAUGUCAUUUCCUGGCAUCUCCCCCAACUCACUUCUCCUUUCGUGCCACCAUAAAGGCAGAUCUUGGAAUUGGCAGAGCUUUGUUGCUGUCUAAACUACCCUCUUGUUAGCUAGUGAAAUCCUGCAGGGCCUGUCUAACAUAUUACCAUCCAGCCUGUGUUUGAAUACCUCCAGAAGGAAGCGUACCACUUUAUGCAACUAUCCAUUUUCUUUAUCAAUUUAUUUCUUCCAGCUUCAUUGAAAUGUAACUGACAUAUAAUUUUUUGACUGCCCAUCUUGUGGGUGAACAGUGAAAAUUAAGAGAAAGUGGGAUCUUUUAAAAGCUUCUUCAACACGAUUUUAAAAGCCUUGAGUAACUCAUGUACGAGAUUCCAAAAACCCAAUCCAGUUAGUGGAAAAGGGACAUGCAGUGAAGUAGAACUUCCCAGUCUAGAACCCCGAUUGCACAUUCUACUGCCCAGGGGCAACUACUCUGAACAGGUUUUGGUGUGUCCUACCAGAGACUGCCUGCAUGCAGCAGCAGAUACGUAUGUAUACCACAGCCUGUGUAUUUAUACAACUGUGAGCACAUAGUAGGUGUGCAGCUUUGCACCUUGCUGCUUCUAUGGAAUGAUACACCUUAGAGGCGGUUCCACCUUUGGCACAUACGGGUGAUAAAAAUGGCAGUCACUAAUAUUUACAUAGUGUUCCCCCAUGUACCAGGCACUCUUCUGACUUCUGCACAUUUAUUAACUUCUUUAGUCCUCACCACCACCAGGGGUAGGUACCAUUACUCUUCCCCAAGGAACAGAGGUUAAGUAAAAUGCUCAAAUUUGUACAUCUGAUGGGAUGGUGAGUCAAGGCAGUCUGCAUGUAGAGCCCAUACUUUUCAUCACUAUGCUGGAAUUCCUCUCUGUUGUAAAACCUUUCAUUGCCCAAAAUUGUAUCAUCCAGCCAGCCCUCACUGUUCAGAAAGCUGAGAAAGUAUUUUGCUUUUUCAGGCAGACAAGGGAAAGGGGGUUGGGAGUGGGUAUGGGAUGAACCAUCCAGCAGUGGCUGCCCCAGGCAGGAAGCCCAGUGUCCCCCUGAGAAGACUGUCUCCUUGCAACUUGCCUUGCUGUCUUGUAGCUGCAGUGGUCGUUUAAGAGCUAAAUGGGAGCAGGUUUCAUGGGAACUGUGUCUUGCUUGCAGUCAGUAAAUAGUGUCUUAAAAUUCUGUACCAUAUAGUUGGCACUCUAUAGAGGAAUCUGCAAGCUAGAUUAGAUAAAAAUCCACAUAGAAUGCUUUGUUGCAAGUGACAGAAAUCCAGCCCGAGCCAGUUUAAGUAAGAAAGGGGUUUUAUUGGCUUACACAACAGAUCAUGGAAAAGGUUAGCUUCGGAAGCAAUGUAAUGUGAAUCUUGGGCAAGUUACUUAAUCUCUCUGCCCUGUACCCUAAGCUGUACAAUGGGGAUGACAAUGGCACCCCCGUAGAAUUGGUUCUGAUUAAAUGAGGUACUAUAUGUAAACAUUAAAGAUCGUUCCUAGCACUCUGCAAGUAAUAACAUUAUCAUUGCAGGGAUAAUUAUAUCCAGAGACUGAAACCCAAUACGGCUCUUUGUUUUCUAUUUCUUUUUCACCUGUACGUUAGUAAAGGUACAGACUGGGCUGCUGUAACAAAGAGACCACCGAACUACAGUGGCUGUCUCUCACCUAGCAGUGUGGGGAUAGUCAGGUUGUUCAGCGCAGAUAGGUGUGGGCUCCAGGAAACCACCAAAUACCCAAGUUCCUACUAUCUUGUCACGUGACCACAUUUAGCUACAAGGGAGGAGGCAAAUUUAGUCACUGGCUGCAUAGCUAAAACUCUGAGGAAGGAGAGUCUAACAGUAAAAGGGAGAGGGGGAGAUUGGACACAGGGAAACAGUAAGCAAGCUCUCCCAGGUCUGCGUUGGCUUCCUUUUCUCCUACUGUAAGCGGGUUCUCUCAUGCAUUGGAGCCCAUGGCAGCUGACUGCUCCAGAUUCUACCCUCUCAGCUUACUAGCCCUGAGAGAGAGGCUUCUUCCCCCCAGUUCUAAUUUGGAAAAUCCUUACAGAAAGGUCCUCAGUGGUUUCUGGCAAGUCCCAUACCCUUUUGGAUUAAUCACUGCCCUAGGGUGUGCAGCCCUAUGAUAAACCUGAUGUAGGUCAUGAGCUUUCCUCCAUCCCCCCCAUGGCUGAGGAACAGCAGAGCCCAUCACCAAAACAGGAUGCUGGGCAGACAAAUAAUAGCUACUACAAAUAGUAAACGAGUCUAUAAUUACUCGUUACUGAUACUGUUGGAAAGGAUGUUGGUGGUCAUAUGUGUCCUAGGAAAGGCCAGCUGGAUUCUGUCUCCAUGGUGGCUCUCACCCCAGGGACAAUCUGUCACUAGAUAAUUACCUUUAAAACCCCAGAGAAGAAAGUCUCCUUGUCUUCACAAUACUCUCUGAACAGCAGACAGAUGGGAGAGACCUCGGCUGGGACUCUUUCCAGUUGUCUUAGGGGACAGGGGAAAUUAAUUGGCUCAUGUAGCUGAUAAGGCCAGGGCCAGGUUAGGCUUCAAGCCAUAUUCCAAGACUCACAACAGCAUCAUCAGGGAUCUGUCUCUUCGGUUCUUGACUCUGCUUUCCUUUGAGCUGGCUUCAUUCUCAGGCUUCACGAGUGACCGUGUAGCUCCAGUUAUUGGUAGAAAGAGCUCCCUUUCCCCGACAGAACCCCUAGACCUGGCUAUCAUUGGUCCAAACCUGGGAUGUAUUCAGCCUCAAGUAAUCACUGUGGCCAGGAAGGUGGAAUGCACUGAUUGCCUAGACCAGGGACACAUCCUCACAUGGUCCGAGAGUUGGUGUUGGGUGGCUGUGGUGGGGGGUGAUGUUGCCAGAAGAGGGGAUGGAUGGAUGCUGGGCAGGAAAAAUCACCUGCUGUCCAGUUCAGGCCUCUUCCUUUUCUCCACUUGUCUUCACUGCCCUCUGUUUAUCUGCCUACUCUUACUGCCUGUCCAAUCUCAAAUUACCCUUGGUCUUGGGGGUGGGAUGCCUCUGGUUGUACCUGGGCCUGGCACAGGAAGGAUGUUGCUUAGCCAAAGUGAAGUGUUGAUAAAGAGCCAUUUAGGGUCACCUGGGUGGCUCAGUUGGUUAAGCGUCCAACUCUUGAUCUCAGCUCAGGUCUUUUUUUUUUUUUUUUUUUUAAUGUUUAUUUUUGAGAGAGAGAGACAGAGCAUGAACAGGAGAAGGGCAGAGAGAGAGGGAGACACAGAAUCAGAAGCAGGCUCCAGCCUCUGAGCUGUCAGCACAGAGCCAAUGUGGGACUUGAAUUCAUGAACUGCAAGAUCAUGAUCUGAGCCAAAGUCGAUGCUUAACCGACUGAGCCACCCAGGCACCCCUUUGUUUUCUUUUUAUGUUUAUUUAUUUAUUUAUUUUGAGGGGGAGAGAGCAUGAGCAGGGGAGGGGUAGAGAAAGAAGGAGAGAGAGAAUCCCAAGCAGGCUCUGCGCUGCCAGCACAGAGCCUGACCCACCAUGACUUGAUCCCAUGAACCACGAGAUCACAACCUGAGCUGAAAUCUGGAGUCAGACGCUCGGGGCGCCUGGGUGGCUCAGUCGGUUAAGUGUCUGACUUCAGCUCAGGUCAUGAUCUCAAGGUUCGUGGAUUCGAACCCCAUGUCGGGCUCUGUGCUGACAGCUCAGAGCCUGGAGCCUACUUUGGAUUCUGUUUCCACAUCUCUCUCUGCCCAUCGCUCAUUCAUACUCUGUCUUUCUCUCUCUCUCUCAAAAAUAAAUAAACAUUUAAAAAAAAAAAGUGUCAGAUGCUCAGAUGCUCAACCAACUGAGCCACCUCGGCACCCUUCAGCUCAGGUCUUGAUCUCAGGGUUGGGAGUUCAGGCUUCCAUGUCCAGCAUGGAGCCAACUUAAAAAAAUAAGUAAUAAUAAUAAAGAGCUAUUUAGAGGAUGCUCCUCUGCCUGGAACUUCUUCCUUGUGGACCCCAUAGCACCUUGUUAGAGGAGCCCUUGUCAAGGUCUAGGUAGAAUUCUAGUUAUGUACUUGUGUUCUUGUCUGAGCCCACACUAGCUGUGAGCUCCUGAGGAGUCAGAUGUGAGCCUGUGGGUAUCCAGCCCAUACUUAAUGGGGUGAGCCCCUCCUCCCCUCAGUCCCUACCCAGCCUAGAUAAGUGUUAUGUUGCAAGAUCCCAGGUACAGGGGACAAGGUUGAAUGACUGACUCGUGUGCCUUCUGUUGACUGAUUCUGGUGCAUGUGGUUGCACAGGGUUACUGUGGUUGUUUGGGAUGUGCAGUGGCUUCAGAAUUAGUCACUUCUGCAUGGGCCAUUUCACUCAGAGCCUGAGGCCACGCUUCCUUUCUUAGUCACUGACCCAUGUGGGUAAUGGCAGACUUGAAGUGAAUCAGACAAACAUUACUUCUAUUUAAUACAUCCUUGGAAGUUUCUCAGCUGUAAAGAAGGGAUCUUGGUGGCUAGGUAGGUCUUUCUUGGUGUAUUGAUGUGGCCAGUGAGAGCCCACAAGAGUCUAGAACAUGGAGCCCCAGACACAUUCUGACUUGCCCUCAGCCAUUCUCUAGGACAAAUUGACAUUAAUGGACCUGGAUGGUUGCCUUGGGUGAUCAGAGCUAGCUGGCUGAUCCCCAGGGGGUAGCUUCAAUGGAGUUGCAAGGCCCCUGUAAUGACAUUGGCAGUGUUGAAACAUUGUGUUAAGGCUUGAUUAUUUCAAAAAAGUUGUCAACAAAGUGUCCUGCCAGCUUGGACCAGUUUCUCCAAGUCCAUGAUCACUGAAACACUUCUAGAGCCCCCACUAAUGUGCUUUUCUAGAAUAUGCACUUGCUACCUUUAGGGCUCGGAAGGCGGGGCCCUGAGCACAUGCUAUAUCACUCAUUUGCUCAUUUACCAAAUACCUUUUGAGCCACUGCUGAGUGCCCAGCGGUGCCCUAGCCCCUGGAGAUACAGUAGACAAUCAGAUGGAGCCAGAUCCUGUCUGUAGGGAUGUUAUAGCUUAGUAGGGGAGAGAAAGCCAAAGAAACAGAGUUCCCCAAUGGAGGCCUGGGGGCCCCUUUUCAGGUCACCGUGGUGAAGAGUGGGCACUGGAGGCAGGAAGAUCAAACCCCAGCCCUGCUGCGUACUAGCCUUGUGACUUUGGGCAAGUUAUCUCCCCUUGUGGAACCUCGGACUUCUCAUCAAUAAAAUGGGGAAGAUGCCUAGGAGUUGUUAUGAGGAUUUAAAUGCACUCAGACGUGUAAAGCAGGAGCCCUGGCUCAGGGUAAGUGCUUAGUGACUGGUAGUUUGUAACAGCUAUUAUUAGUAAGUGAAAAAUCUUGAGUAAAAUCCUUCAUAGUGUAAGGUACAACAUUCUUACGUAUUUUUAAAUUUAGAAAGAACAUCAGCUCAUUUAUAACCAAUCCACCACAAAGAAGAGAUGGGAAACAGAAAUCACCCUUCCUUGCUUUGCACUUACCAGAUUCCAGGCACUUAUUAGAAAACAUUUAAUCUUCCUGUCAAAAAAGUAGGGAUUUUUAGAACUCAUUAUACAGAGGAGGAAACUGAUCUUCAGAAGGGUUAAGUCAACUUUCCUAGUGUCACAAAGCUAAUUAAUGACUGAGCUAGAAUCUAUGUUUUAUGCAGUCCCCCAGUAUCCUGAGCCUCCAAGGUACUUGAUGCUGAGGACCAUCCUUGCUGCCCAGUCAGUUAAUUCUUUGUUUUCCUGAAGUUUUUGCUGGUGAGUUGGGCACACCUACUUUUCAUUAGGCACUCUGACCCAGACCCUGGAGCAAGAAGAGUUAGUGCAGGACGACCUGCUUCCCCGAGGAGAGGAGAUGGCUUGUUCUGUAUCUUUAAGUCUGCUGGGCAUCACAUAUAUGGUCGAUGCAUAAGAAAAUCGUCCAAGAGAAGAGACACAAGAAUGGAGUCCACACCCUCUCUGGCUUUCAGACCUUGGGUCUAGACAUUCGGCCAUGGUCUUUCUGGGCCCUACCAACAUCCCUCUUUUCAGCUGUAUUCAUCUCAACCUUCGGUGUCUGCUGAGUGCACUUUCUGACUUCGCAUGGGAACAGCGAGAGCCUGCGAAAGCAGUAGGGCCAGAGGGGGAGAAUAAGGAAAUCUGAGACUCAGAAACUCUAAGGCCUCUUGGAGACUCUGAGCUCCCUGGGAGUAGGUGCAGGUUCUUUUUGUUUCAAUAAUAAUAGCAACAACUGGCAUGACUAUGUCCCCGGUGUGUUUCAAGUGCUGUCCUCAUAGACGCUCUUUACAAGAACCUUUGGAGAUGGGCACAUCACAGAUAGAAUCCUAGAAGAUGGGCACUUUAAGUAUCCCCAUUUUAUAGACAUGGAAAUAGAGGCACAGAGAGGUUAAGUAACUUGCCCAAUGUCACACAGCUUGUAAGGAGGAGGGUUUGAACCCAGAGUUCUUCAGUUUAACCAAUAUAUCGUAUUGCUUGUUGGUAAGGAGGGAGGGAGGGAGGGAGUGAACAAGUGAGUCUGGGAUUUGCGGCUCGCCAGACGGACAAGGCCCCCAGAGGCAGGAUGAGGCGUACUCCAGAGUCAGAAGAGUUGGGUUGCAAUUCCCUGGCUACAGGACCUCGGGCAGUAACCUCAUCCGGAAGUGCCCAUGUCCUCAUCUUCAAAAUGGGAAUAAGGUCUUUUUGAGGAUGCAGUGAGAUCAUCUCCGUAAAGCUGUUAGCCCCAUGCCUGGUAUAUGCAGAGUGCUCAGUGAGGGCUCACUGUUAGUAUCACUGACGCUCUGCAGAUAGAUUGUAUUAAUGUGGCAUCACUGCAGCUAUAUCAAUGGAAACUCCGUGUUGACAAGAGCUAGAAGGGAAUAUGAAAAAGAAAACAGUUGCUAAACAUCAAAGGGAAUUACUGUUUUUUCAAUGCGUUGUCAUUUCUUUUUUCUUUUUUUGUAUGUUUAUUCAUUUUUGAGAGACAGAGACAGAGUAUGGGGGGGGAGGGGCAGAGAGACAGGGAGACACAGAAUCCAAAGCAGGCUCCAGUCUCCGAGCUGUCAGCACAGAGCCCGAUGCGGGGCUUGAAUUCAUGAGUUGUGAGAUGACCUGAGCCGAAGUCGGAUGCUUAACUGACCGAGCCACCCAGGUGCCCAAUGCUUUGUCUUUUAAGUGUGUGUCCAUUUCUAAACGGAAUAAAUAGAAUAUACAUGCAGUGGGUACUCAGUGGCCUUCAAAUGUAUUAUUGGUUGAUUCCAUUGCUUAAAAA